AUGGAUUCAUAAAGACGCGUAGCAUAUUUUUAUAAUAAUGAAAUUGGCAGAUACAAUUACGGAAAAUUACAUUUAAUGAACCCAAAAAGAAUAUCAAUGGCUCACUCCUUGAUAGUUGGUUAUGGAGUAUAUAAAGACCUAGACGUAUAUACUACUAGAGAAGCAACAAAAGAAGAAAUAAUGUAAUUCCAUGACCCCGAAUACGUCGAAUAUUUAUCAAAUUAUGUAGCCAGUAGUAGAAUUGAAUAAUUAAGAAAAUUAGGUUUUGAAACACCUAAAAUAGAUGAUAAUGUAAAAAACGAUUAAACAAAGAAAACUUAAUUUGGUAUAGACGUAUAAGCUGAUUGCCCCGGAUUUGACGGAUUAUUUACAUUUAGUUAAUUAUCGACAGGAGGAUCUAUAGAUGCUGCACAUUUAAUUAUUAACAAUGCUGCUGAUAUUGCUAUUAAUUGGGGAGGAGGAUUGCAUCAUGCUAAGAAAUGCGAAGCAUAUGGAUUUUGUUAUGUAAAUGACAUUGUUAUUUGUAUUUUAGAAUUACUUAAAGUUUUUCCAAGGGUACUUUAUAUAGAUAUUGAUGUUCAUCAUGGAGAUGGUGUUGAAGAGGUCUUUUUUUACCACAAAUAGAGUUAUGACAGUUAGUUUUCAUGA